CUUCCGGCAUCUCCGGGGGCCGGCGGCGAGGCGGGGGCUGCCCUCGGCCCGCCCCGAGCUGCCGGGGCGCUGGAGCCGCGGUGUCCGGGGAGCUGCGUGCGCAAUGGCUUCAGGAACAGCAUUGAUUUAUGACGAGGAAAUGACCAGUCAUAAGCUACUUUGGAAUGAUCCUAUCUGUGAUAUCGAAGUGCCAGAAAGACUGUCAGCCUCCUAUGAGCAGCUUCAGUUUUACCAUCUUGUGGAAAGAUGUGUCCAUGUGCCUGCCCGAGAAGGAACUGAAGAGGAGAUCCUGUUAGUUCACAGUUCAGAACACUUGGAAGUUGCAAAAAGCACGCAGACAAUGGAUGAAGAGGAACUGAAAAGAGUGUCUGGGAAUUAUGACGCUUUUUUCUUUCAUCCGAACACUUACCGCUGUGCCAGACUAGCAGUGGGAGCAACUUUGCAACUAGUGGACUCUGUGAUGUUAGGAAAAGUGUGCAAUGGAAUGGCAUUAGUAAGACCUCCAGGUCACCACAGUCAGAGAAAUGCAGCUAACGGGUUCUGUUUAUUCAACAACGUUGCUAUUGCAGCAGAAUACGCAAAAUUGAAAUACGGUAUACAAAGAAUCCUCAUUGUUGACUGGGAUGUGCACCACGGGCAAGGAACUCAGUAUAUAUUUGAAGAGGAUCCAAGUGUUUUGUAUUUUUCCUGGCAUCGCUACGAACAUCAAGAAUUCUGGCCAUCACUCAAAGAAUCUGAUUAUAAUGCUGUAGGUUUGGGAAAAGGAAAAGGCUUUAAUAUAAAUUUGCCUUGGAAUAAGGUUGGGAUGGGAAAUUCAGAUUAUCUUGCUGCAUUUUUUCAUGUGUUGCUUCCAAUGGCUUUUGAGUUUGAUCCUGAACUGGUUCUUGUCUCCUCUGGAUAUGAUUCAGGAAUUGGAGACCCGGAAGGGCAGAUGAAUGCCACUCCUGAGGUUUUUGCCCACCUUACCCAUUUCCUGAUGCAGUUAGCUAGUGGAAAACUGUGUGUCAUCCUAGAGGGUGGAUACCACCUGAAAUCCUUGUCUGAAUCAGUCUGCAUGACUGUAAAAACUUUGCUUAGAGAUCCUAUACCUCAAGUAACUGGAGAAAUGGCCCCUUGCCUAAGUGCUAUUGAAUCUAUUCAGAAUGUGAGAGCAGCACAUAAACCCUACUGGAAAUGGUUGAUGUAUGAAGACACAUCAUUUUUGCAUAAUUUGAGCACCAAGUCACACUUACCAAAGACGACUAAUACCAAUCCCUCUACAGACCACGAAGAUAAGAUAACUAACAACAGUGAAGCUGUCAAAAUAGAAAGAUUUCUGGAAUUGCACAUGAGAAAUAUUCUAUUUCCAGUGCCUCCCAUCAGAACAGCAACAACUGAGUCAAAAGCUUCAUCAUACUUGCUCCCAGCACCUGUUUGUGUGGUGAAGGAAAUGGACAAAAAUGAAGUGAAAUCUCUUGCCAGUGACUUUUAUGCAGACCUUGUGAACGAGGACAAAACCUUGCACUCUCUUGGCAGUAUGUUGGCCAUCCUAGAUAAAAUACUAAAGAAGGAGGUAUGCAAUGGAAUUGCAGAUUCACCCACAGCUUCUGUUUCUGUUGGUGUAGCACUAAGAUAUUCUGUUCAUUUUGGAUUUCAAAGAGUGCUUUGCAUAUUUGUUGGAGACAUGCAGAUCAUACCGAACACAGAAGAUGGAAAAGUACUUGUGAUAAAUGUUUGCGAGAAAGAACAAUCUGGAAAGAUCGGCUCUAAAUACUUUAUUUCUCUGAACUGGAAAGAGGAUGCUGACAGGAGUGACUUCUUUUCUGCUGUACUUGGAUUCAUUCUUCCUGUAGCAUACAGUUAUCAGCCCAACUUGAUAGUAAUAGCUGUUGGACCAAACAGGAGCAUUGGAAUAAGUGGAAUUUCUCUUCUUUUUGGUUUACUACAAGGACUAGCAGAAUCUCGAAUUCUUGCAGUGAUCGAGGACACAGAUGUAAAUCUAAUGCAAAGUGUAGCCAAAGCACUAGCAGGUGCUUCUGUGCCUCACAUUGGAGCUUAUGUACCUCCCACCCAAGAAAAAGUACAUAAAAUAAAAAUAUUAAAAGACCAACUUCAGCAGGAAUGGAAAAUGCUUCAGUGCUCAGUGAAGGAUGGGAUUUCAAGUAAUUGACUUCAAUUUAGAACCGUAUUACCCAACAGAAGAAAAUGUGUCACUAUUAAUUUUGCCUUUUAAAAUCAUCGGGGGAAAAAAUGGUUGAUCUCUAAACAGAGUAAGAACCAUUCACAAUUGUCUACUGUUUUUAAAAUACUUAAAAUUCACAAUUUCAACUAGAGCAUUGCGCUUGUAAAUUCUAUACCAGCACCAAUUAUGCAAGACUGACACUUGAAGCCUACCUACUCCCAUGCUUCAUUGCUACAAAUUGGCACCUGUGUCAUUUGUGACUGCAAAGUCUGAUUGCACAUGCAGUAGCUUGACUGUAUGAAUGCUAAAGUAGUCCAGAAGACAGGAAUCUGAAAUGAGCAAUCAUACAAGCCAAACAUUCCAAAAUUACUCAACAUCAAAAUGCUUGCACUGCUGCCACUACCACCAUUUCAUUGGAAUGGAAGUUUAAAUGUAACAACAAGUCCUUUGGAUUCAUGAAUUUUUCCUAUGACUUAAAGGAUUCACCAAAUACAGUCUGUUCUUUAAUUUCUCUGGUCAGUCAGUUGCAGGAAGUUAAGAAAGAAAAGCAGCUACACAGCGAUAGUUUCCUAGAUCAUACCUGUGUGGUUGAGACUAAAUUUGAUUUCCUGAACUAUAUAGGGCAUGUGGAAAAAAAUAUUUUGCACAUAUAAAAUUACAAAUACAUAAUUGAAUAAAGCAGUGUAAAGAUUAAAAUAAAGUUUACAACCUGUAUACAUACUGUAAAUAUUCUGUGGAUAGGGGACUUCAUUCUACCCUCAUUUCAAAUGCAAAUUAUCUCUAUACAGCAAAUAAAAAGCAACACCCCACCCCCCAAUUUGGUAGUGGCCUAGGGGUAACAUCAUGUGAAUACUCAAAAUUAUUUCCUCAGGAAGUUUAUUUAGCCAUAAUGUGUCUCGUUUUCCAGCGUUCCAGGUACAUUUUGUACUCAUUUUCAGGAGCAUUUUUCUGUGAUUAUGACUUCAAUAAUGUAAACUUUUGCUUUGAAACACUUAAAAUUUUGUCUAUGCAUAAUUAGACAGGAUUCCUACAAUUGUUGCUACUGGGGUCAACUACAUAUCAUUUGAAUAAUUAGGUCAGUCUUCACAGUCCUGUUUUUAGAACUGUUGCAAGUGGCACCCUUCUAGUUCACACUGGUUUUUCAAUUAUGCUGAAUGGGAAAUGACAUUUAAUACUUGAAAAUUUUUGAAAUGGAAAUUAUUUCGGAAGAGACUAAAAUUUAUGUCAAACAUUUUCACGAGAGAAAGUUGAAGAACACAAGAUGUCCUGUUUCAGUUCAGAAUUUCUUUAAAAUAAACUGAAGUUCUUUUUGGAGUUUGAAGUUACUCUGAAUUGAAAUCUGAAUUAGGUUAUGAUAUGUCAAAAUGGGCUAGGUGGGUAUCUGCCUAACUUGGGCUUCAAAAACUUCUAAAAAAUAGAAGCAUUGUAAGUGUAUUCUUCUCCCUUCUACUCCCCUGGAGAAAAAAAAUCUGUGACAAUUCAGCAUUUCUGAGGAAAAAGCAUUUUUCCCAACUGCCUUCAUUAACUCUUGAAUUUCUAUUGUCAGUCAUGAGUGUUGUAUUUUGUUACACAUAUUUUUAAGAUGUCUAUCAAAUUUAAUAAAACGUGAAUUAAAGGGC